AUGUACUCACGAAGUCAGACACCAAGACGUCAACCACAUUCUGCAUUACCAUCUACACCAAAUCUUAGACCAAGUUCAAGACCAAGCUCAAGAGCUAACACACCUUCAAGUGCAUUCAGACCCCCAAGCACAAUAUCUAGAUAUGAAAGACCAUUUUCACCUUUAAGAGAGAGACCAAGCUCUGCUAUGUCACUGGGAAGCUCAAGACCCCAAACUCCAUCAUUUGCUACACCUCAACAGCCUUACACCGGUACUAUAUCCGUUGCAGUAAGAGCUAAACCUUCAGAUACAUUCAUUAAAGAUCCUUGGUUUUUAACAAAUGAGUCAAUCGAACAUAGUGAAGUUGGUGAAUUCAAAUUCGAUCACGUUUUUCAUCCAUCAGUUAGUAACUCUGAAGUUUAUGAUAAAACAGUUAAAAAUCUGAUUAAUCAAUUAAUGGAUGGUUAUAAUGCUACUGUUUUCGCUUAUGGUAUGACUGGUUCUGGUAAAACUUAUUCAAUGUCUGGUACAAAACAUGAACCUGGUGUUAUUCCAUUGUCUGUUAGUGAAAUCUUCAGACAUAUUGAAAAUUCAGAUAAAGAGAUUUAUAAACAUGAAUUAAAAGUUUCAUACCUAGAAAUUUAUAAUGAAAGAAUAUUUGAUCUCUUAAAUAUAAACCAAAUAACAAACCCAACUUUGAAUAAUAGUGCUCAAAGUGACUUAAAGAUCAGAGAUGUUCCAGGUUAUGGUGUUAAAGUUCUUGGACUGAUUGAAGAAUCUGUCAAAUCUGAGCAAGAAUUACUCACUAUAAUACAGAAAGGUGAUGUCAAUAGAAGAACAGGGGAAACAGACUUCAAUAGCAGAUCAUCACGUUCGCAUGCAAUUGUUCUUGUUAGAGUAUCAACAACAAAUACAGUCACAGGUAUUGAAACUAUGAGCACAUUAUCACUGUGUGAUUUAGCAGGUUCAGAAAAAGCUACAGCUCAACAAGAGAGAAGAAAAGAAGGUUCUUUCAUUAAUAAAUCUUUGCUUGCAUUAGGAAGUGUCAUUGUUAAGCUAUCUUCAGCAUCCACUAGUGUUGGACAUAUACCUUAUAGAGACUCCAAAUUGACAAGACUUUUACAACCUGCGCUUUCUGGUGAUUCCCUUGUGUCAGUGUUAUGUACCAUUCAUACAAGUCAAAGUGCAUUAGCAGAAACUGUUAAUACUGUUAGAUUUGCUGCAAGAGCUAAAAAUAUUAGUUUAAGUGUAAGAAAACAUGAAGUUGAUGGUAACACAGAAAAGGAUAGAAUCAUUGAAAAGUUAAGAUUGCAAGUUGAAAAACAAGCCGAGGAAAUACAAAGUUUAAAAGAGAACAAACCUGUAAAUGCUGUUUUCAAUAGCUCAAGGGAAGGCUCUGUGACACCACCAAGUCAUUCUCAAGAAGAAAUGAAUCAAUUGUUGGCUGAAAAUCGUAUCUUGAUUGAAAGGUUAGAAAAUCAUAAGAGAUUAGUUGAUGAAAAAAAUGCUGAAAGAAUUGUAUUGAAAAAUGAUAUACUGAAUGAUAUUUUCACUAGAUUAAGUGAACAAGAUAUGGGAGUUGAUGGUGAACAAUUAAUCUUGAAAGUUGAAGAACUGUUCAAGAAAACAUACGCUGAAAUUGAAGAAUAUAAGUCAUACAUUAAUCAUUUAGAAACUCAAUUGAAACUCGAAUUACAAAAGAGAGAUAAUGGUAAUAAUGAAUUAAAUGUUAUAAAAAGAGGCGAUGGUGCUUAUUCUCCAAGUAAACAUGCCUCAGAAAAUGAAGUUGAUAUAAUAAUGAAAGAACAAGAGGAUGAAAUAUUUGAACUGAAAGAAGAACUGAAAAAUAAAGAGAAAGUUAUCAGAGCUUUACAAUCUGCUAAAAGGGUUAGAGAAGGGCUUAUGAGUACAAUUAAUAUGAAUGAAUCAAGAAGAGAAUCAGGAAGACAUGAAUCUCUCAGACCUUUAAACGGAGAUAAUCUGAGUAAUUUACCAGAAAGCUCCAAACUUAGACCAAUAUAA